AAACAAUUUUUCCUUCGAAAGCUGUCCCAUACUGCUUGUACUGUGAUGUGUGACACUGCGAGUGAAUGAAAGUUAAAAAAAACGCGAUAAUUGGCUCAGGAAACUAAAAACAGCUUUGGUUACGCUUGAGAGGGGGAAGUGAAAGAUUGCCAUCUUGCUGCAGUUGCAUCGGUUCUGAAAAACUCAUACACACCGCCAGCGGUAUCAUCGCAGCAGCAGAGCAUUAGUCAUACCCAACAGUGUGUGUGUGUGUGGGUGUGCGUACGUGUAUGUGUUUUGAAGAAGGGGCCAGAUUUCUAAACACACAGUCGGUCGUUCUACUAGCCGUUCUACACCCCGAUACGAUCCCAGCGCACCAGCCAGUAAUUUGAUCCACCGAGAGUGAGGCGUGUGCGUCUGGCCGUCACCCGGUGCAUUGCUAGGGCUUUUGUGGACCGGCCGCGGACCCGCCCUCGGAGAACCGGGGCAGAUAGCAGACAGCAACCGCAGUCUCACAGUAUUGAGCGCUUUUUUGUUUUAGCUUACUAUUAGACGGAACGGUUCACUGAACUGCGCCUGAGCGACAAUGCCGAUCCUGUACAGCAUGGUGUCGCGGGGCCAAACCGUGCUGGCCCGGUACGCGGACUGUAUCGGUAAUUUUACCGAGGUGACCGAACAAAUCAUCCCGAAGAUACAGCUGAUCGAUCACAAGCUUACCUACUUGCACGGCAACUAUCUGAUUCAUUACAUCUGCGACAACCGGGUCAUCUAUAUGUGCAUCACGGACGACCGCUUCGAUCGAUCCCGUGCCUUCCUCUUUCUGCAAGACAUCAACGAGCGGUUCAUCUGCAUGUACGGGCUGACCGUGGCGACCGCGAUUUCGUACGCGAUGAACACCGAGUUCGCCCGUACGCUCGCCGCACAGAUGCGCCAGUUCAACGAGGGCCAGGAGCAGGACGCGAUCAGCCGCGUCAAUGGCGAGAUUGACGAGCUGAAGGACAUUAUGGUGAAGAACAUCGAAAACAUCACCAACCGGGGCGAACGGCUCGAGCUGCUCGUCAACCAGACGGAAAAUCUCCGCAACAAUUCUGUGACAUUCCGGCAAACGUCGCGCAAUCUGGCGCGCACCAUGUUCUGGCGUAACGUGCGCAUGUACUUUCUCGUCGCCGCCAUACUGCUGUUCGUGAUCUACGUGAUCGUGAGCAUGGCCUGCGGCGGGUUGCUGUGGCAGAGCUGCAUCCACUCGUCGCCCGCACCGAAGGGGCCACCGAACGGCGGGGGUUUGUAAUUCGGUGUGUUGGACCGCCAAUGAGCGCGCGCAGGGGAUGGUGGUGGUGGUGGUUUGCAGGAUUAAAGUGAUGAACGGGAAUUAGUAGACAGGUUAUCUUAACGCUUUAUAGCUCAACAGAACAGAGUUUCGUUCGAGCAGCAGAACACAGACACACGGAGAAACAAGAAUGUAACAUGAGUUUAUUAUUAUUAUCUUCUUUUUUUUUUAGUUUCGUUUCGUGUAGUGUUUUGGUUUCCAAUAUUUGUUUUUGUUGCAGUAGAAUCGGGGUCUCUUGACGUGAUAUAGUGCUCAUUGACAUUGUGAUUGGCAAGGGCUUUGGUGUAUCGUUUGUUCAAAGUUUAUAUUGAUAAAAACAAAAAAAAACAAAAACAAAACAAAGGAAA